AUGAGAGCCGUAUCUCCGUUUGACUCCCAAGAUCCCCUCCAAUUAAGCCCCAUUUCCCCCCUCAAGACACAGCAUCAACUACCAUCCUCAUCGCCAUCUCCAUUUCAUCCACAGACAGGCUCGAGUCGAUUGAAGCGACGGGCCUCUCAAGGAUCCUUCCCAACAAAGCCUUCUCCCGUCUCCCGUUUCCUGUCUCGCAGCAACGCCUCCCUGCAUCUGCCCUCAUUCGAAGAACUCGGCCUCGCAGCAUCCAAAACCCCUGGCCGGACUGACCCCCGGACCAACCCUGCCGAUUCCCGUCUCCGUCUCACCACUACCACCACAUCUCCCGCUUCGGGCUCGCUGGCGGCUCGAGCGUCCCAGUCGACCUCCGGGGUGUGGGAGACCCCCACUACAAGCGACUAUCUCUCCGCCUUGCCUCCGACCCCCCCGGAAGACAACGACCAUAUCGCGUGGAACCCUUCGUCGGGAAUGUUGCUAUUCGAGUCGCAUAUGAACCGGGAACCCGGGCCGAUGGCCAUGGAUGAUGGCCGGAACAUCGACAACUCGCCAGGAAGGGCCCCAGAUGGCCUCAGCAGCCCAUCCGAUCAGCUUUCCAACAUCUCGCCUUCAAGCUCGGGUGGAAGUCCCGGGUCAUCGGGCGACAUGGAUUGUGACCACAAUUCAUGGCUAGAGACUAGCAUCGAAGCCACAGUGUCAUCGCUUCCGAUCUCGAAUACUCGCGGAGAAGCCGUGAAGAUCGUCUCUCAAAUGCUUCCAUACCCCCGUCCGGCAGACAAAUCCACUACCGUAUCAGCAAAUGAUAGCGUGUACUGUGCCCUCGUCCAAGCGGUUCAGAAUCGCCUCUGCCAAGGACAGUCCCCGUACAUCAACAUAACACACGCGGUCCCGGAGCAAUUUAGCCUGUCCAACCUACCUUGCUCUCCGCCGCCCACGCCCCGCUCUCUGUUCCCGAGCGAGGACUACUUCAACCCGGCCGUCUUCUCCAGCGCAGCUGUUGUUUCGGCCUAUCACGACUUCCGGGGACCAAUCCAGUCCAAAAUGUCACACUGUCCGAUGCCGGUCGUCCCGCCGCACACCGUCCACGUAUCGGUUCUGGAACGGUACCUUCCCCCAUCAUCAGCACAGGAGUACAAAGACCUGUUCUCGCCUUACCGCCCGUCCUUCCUGGUAGACCGAUUGUCUGAGCUGUCGCCGGAAGGGGGUUCGUUAUUGUUUGUCUACCCGACCCGCAGGGGUGCAUCGACGUUCAAGUCGCAGUACCUCGGGCCUAUCCUAGACCCCUUGCUUCGUCAGCUCGUGGUCGUCAAUGAAUUGUCCACCGACAUCGGCCGGUACCUGGGCAAGCUGUCCUCGGUGGCCCACAUGGAGGACUUCGACACCAUGCGGGAAAACCUCGCUCAGCUGUGUUGCACCCUGAGCUCCUCCUCUUCCCAAUUCAGCAUCGUUGAUGCCCGCAAAGGCAGUGCGCAUCUGGAUCGGGACAUGUGGACGGAGUGGUACAUUCACCAAGAAAAGGCUCGCAUGAAGGAGGUGUUGAGCGUGUACUGGCAGAACGGGCGGCGGCUCCCCGCCACGAAAGCCGUGUCGAACAUGUCGACCAAUUACAUCCUGGAGGACAAGGAAGUGACGUCUGCCAUGCUUCUGGGCGAGAUUCUUGACGGGAUCCGACGACGACCGUACGGCGAGGACUCGGAGCUGCGCGACGGCGUGGAGCUGGGAGUUUUCGUGAUCCGGCGGUCUCACUGA